CACGAAAUCUUACUUUUUUGACGGUUAAAUAUUUUAAAAUCCGUUAAAUUAUUUCAUAAAAAAUAUUUUUAUUAUAUAAUAAAAUAUUUUAUUUUAAUAAAAAUUCACUUUUUUUGGUUUUUCCUUCUUCUCAAUUCCAUUUCAAUCUCCUUCUCGAAAUUACAAAAAGUAGAGAGGAGAGAGAGAGAGAGAGAGAGAGAGAGAGAGAGAACAGAGAGACAGACAACCUUCUUUCAUUCUCUACCUCGAUUCCAACCUACAAGACGACGUCGUAAACCAUGUCUUACGACUACCUCUUCAAGUACAUCAUCAUCGGCGACACAGGUGUAGGAAAAUCUUGCCUGCUGUUGCAAUUCACUGACAAGAGGUUUCAGCCGGUUCAUGAUCUCACCAUUGGUGUGGAAUUCGGAGCUCGAAUGGUCACCAUAGAAGGUCGUCCUAUCAAGCUUCAGAUUUGGGACACUGCUGGGCAAGAAUCUUUCAGAUCAAUUACAAGAUCUUACUACAGAGGAGCAGCUGGAGCACUUCUGGUUUAUGACAUUACCAGGAGAGAGACAUUUAAUCAUUUAGCAAGCUGGCUUGAGGAUGCCCGGCAGCAUGCAAAUCCCAACAUGUCAAUCAUGCUCAUAGGAAACAAGUGUGAUCUUGCUCAUCGAAGGGCUGUCAGCAAAGAGGAAGGGGAACAAUUUGCAAAGGAGAAUGGGCUUUUGUUCCUGGAGGCUUCUGCAAGAACAGCACAAAAUGUUGAGGAGGCCUUUAUAAAGACUGCUGCAAAGAUCCUUCAGAACAUUCAAGAAGGCGUGUUUGAUGUAUCCAAUGAGUCAUCCGGUAUCAAGGUUGGUUAUGGACGCCCUCAAGGCCAAUCAGGCCCUAGAGAUGGUGCAGUUGCUCAGAGAGGCGGAUGUUGCAGCUAAUUGGAACACAAAUAGCUUCUGUAUUUUAUCAUUUUGUGCAACUCAGCUCUGUUUCUCUUCCAUGCUUUGAGAAACUUUUUCAAGUGCAUGUGACUUGUGGAAAACAUUGAAUGUAUAGUUCUAAUCACGAGAUAUAGAUAUGAUUUUACUAUUA